AUUUUGGUUUUGACACGUGUGUAUCUCUGACUCACUUGUCUUGGCCGAGACAAGAUUUGAAUCAUUGUCAGUAGGUGAGCGAGCAUGAAACUGAUUAGAGAGCACUGGCCUAUGCUUUAGUGGGUGUUCUCUUGAAGGUUUUUGUGGCAUUCGAGAUCGAAUUAUAUCGUUAGGGAUCAUGAGCAGUGACUUUGAUUUGGUUGUGUCCAAACAAACUUGGUCCAAUGUCGACCUCUUGGUUAAGAGACUCCAAGCUUGCUUCAUUAUGACGAAAGAGCACAAAAGCAAAAAUGCCGCCAGGAACCGCCGAGAGAAGGAGAACAGCGAGUUCUUGGAGCUAGGCAAACUCUUGCCGCUCCCGGCAGCCAUCACCUCUCAAUUGGACAAGGCAUCCGUGAUCAGGCUCACCACCAGCUAUCUUCGCAUGAGACAAGUGUUUCCCGAUGGAUUAGGCGAUGGUUGGGGUAUGAAACCAGCGGUCACGAAGAGGCCGGAAAUCCUCAAGGAGCUUGGGUCCCACUUGCUACAGACUCUGGAUGGCUUCAUCUUUGUUCUGUCGGCCGAAGGAAAGAUCAUGUACAUCUCUGAGACUGCCUCUGUUCAUUUGGGCUUGUCGCAAGUGGAACUCACCGGGAACUCGAUUUACGACUAUAUCCACCCUUUGGAUCACGAGGAACUGAUUGCUUUACUUUCCGUCCAUCCACCUGUGACCACCGAGUUCCAAGCCGAAGAGCUGGAAAUUGAACGGGCUUUUGUGAUUCGGAUGAAAUGUGUUUUGGCCAAGAGAAACGCCGGCUUGACCACCGGAGGGUUCAAGGUCAUUCAUUGCCGUGGCUACUUGAAGAUAAAGCGCCAAAAUGUGGGGAGUGAACUGCCCGGAUCUUUCGAGUUGGCCUAUCAAAAUAUUGGGUUUGUGGCCGUGGCUCAUUCCCUACCGCCCAGUUCUAUAACCGAAGUCAAGAUGUUCUCCAAUGUGUUCAUGUUCAGGGCCAGUCUGGAUCUGAAACUGAUCUUCCUCGACCAACAGGUGGCUCCAUUAACUGGCUUCGAACCUCAAGAUUUGAUUGAGAAAACACUCUACCAAUAUAUUCACACUGAGGAUAUGCUUCCGUUGAGAAACACGCAUGUCACGUUACUUAGCAAAGGCCAAGCUAGUACCAAAUAUUUUCGCUUUAUGACCAAGUCAGGAGGAUGGGUCUGGAUGCAGAGCUAUAUGACCAUCGUUCACAACUCACGGUCAUCCCGACCCCAUUGCAUUGUUAGCGUGAAUUACACCCUAAGUGAUAGACAACAACAAGAUCUAAUUCUGAAUGGUGAGCAACUUCCACAAGCUGCCAGGGUGUUUUCGACAGUAACUCCGUCUAUAGACCCUUGGACAGAAUCUGAAUCACCUAGUAGCACAUGUCCCUCUGGAUCCAAGUCAAGACCAACCCCUACUCAAGAUGGCACCCCUGACCCUUACUACCGGCAUUCCAAUUCGAGUAUGGCCUAUGGGGCUGGAACGGCAGAAUAUACGGAUUAUAAUUCGUUAACUCAUAGUGAUCCUAACUGGUUUCCACCUGCCAGAGGGGAGGAUAAUUAUUCUCCUCAAUACCAAAGCCGCCAAUACCCUUUGGAGGUUACCAACGAAUCCCCACUCUGGUCCUCAGCCAAUGUCUUGUUCCAAAAUCAUGCUCAAGGCCAUGUUCCACUUCAAAUUGCCAAUCAAAGUUCGGGUGGUGCUUCCACGACAUCAGAAGCGGAAUUUGCCUCUGGUUCCAAUCCUGAUCCUAGUCAGGGUCCCCACUUAGUGAACUUGGGACCUCAUUCCACAUCGAAUUCUGGGACCUUUCUGGCUUCAUUACCUUGGAAAGAGAUUCUCGUGAAUGAAAGGUCUAAUUCUAGGGGAUCAAUAUAUAGCACAGGUUCAUCGGAUCAAGAGCCCAGUGGACCAUUAGGAGGUCCAAUGCUUACUUCAUUAGAACCAGUGUCGGCCCCUUACAAUAGCGGCAGAAUGAGAGUUAGGCCCGCUUGUGGACAAGCUCUCAUGGGAGACAAUGAGCGUCACGUGACCAAUUCGGAGGAUUUCAAUAACCGGGUGCCGACGGAAGAGGCAAAGCCCUCGCCCUCUGAUGAGGAUAAAUCAGGGCUAAUGCGAGGCUUGCUACUAGAGUAUAAUUAAAAAUAUAGUCAAUA